UUGACAGCAUUGCACUGUAGUUCAUUUCUAGUUUAGUUGUUGCAUGCACCGCGAUCACAGUUGCUCCGCGCACUUGCUACUUCACACAGAUCAGGUUUUUUUUUGCUACGAGCAACGAACGAACGAAGUACCCAAUACGAAGUGUUGUCCUCGUCGCUUGCAGCUGGCAUUACAUUUCUUCGUUUCCCUUUUAACAUACAUAUUCUAAGGUGCGAAAGAGAACAAGUGGCUGGCAAAGCAGGUUGCACUCCACGCGCACACACACACAAGCAUACAGGCUGAAGCAGAAUGUAAAACGCAUCCCCGGAAAUGCCAAUAGAAAGAACAAAAACAACAAGAGCAUAAAUAAGAAAGGCAAUUAAAAGCAUAAAGUGAUCAAAACUAAAACAACAAAGCAUUGCGAAAGAGAAAGAAAUCAAUAAAACCUGCGUGUAAGAGUGGUGUCGAGCUAUUUAAAUCAAUGCAGCUUUCUGCAUUUAAGUUGCUCAACACACACACAAACACACACACACCCACACACACUUUGGUAGCCAAUUUCUGAAUGGAAUAAUUAUGUUGUGAUGGGAUCGUGCUCGUGUACACGGCGACACUUUCUGCUGUCAAUAUGCUUCCUGCAAAUGAUAACGAUAAUCGAACGCCAGGUAUUCGACUUUCUCGGAUAUAUGUGGGCGCCCAUAUUGGUCAACUUCUUUCAAAUACUAUUCGUUAUAUUUGGAUUCUAUGGCGCAUAUCAUUUUAGAAUCAAAUACAUCAUAACUUAUUUGUUGUGGAACUUUGUGUGGAUUGGCUGGAAUGCGUUUAUGAUAUGCUUCUAUUUAAAUGUCGGCAACCUGGAUAAUAGGGAGAGCGAUUUGUUGAAUAUGGGCACUGGGAGCGCAUCGUGGUUCGAGGCAAAUGGUUAUGGCUGUAAGCCCACCUAUAACACAUCCAUAUCCGAUGAUCCAUUUCGUCCCCUGCGCCCGGAGCGUGUCGAGGACUGUCUAUUGGACUAUACACUUGUUGAGGUCAUACACUCCGGAGUACAGUGCGCGCUGGCGCUGCUGGGUAUACUUGGUGCAAUUCUAAUCAGCUGCAUAUUUCUCGAUGAGGACGACAGAUUGAAGCACAUUAACAAGCAGUCAAAGCAUCGCCAGUCGUUGUACUCCAUUGAGUUUGGCAACAGCAGCGACACAAUACGACAUCGUGGCGAUGUGAUUGGCGGUGAUGCCCAGGAUCAGGAUGGUGGCGAAUUGAGUCCCAAACCGAUGACACCGCGUCGCGUUAAACGUCGUUCGGUGAUGGCACGCGGUUCACAUGGCAGACAAUCGAGCGGUGGACGUUCUCAUCAUGGUUCCAGGGAUACGCUUCGAUCCAAACAUAGCUCGGGAGGAGGAGCAGGAGCAGACAGCAGUGGCAGUGGCAGCUAUGUGAGAAGCAGCACACGCAGUUCCCGUCGCAAAUAUCAUCAGAAUCCGGUCACCAAGCUGCUGGAUCAACAACAACUGCAACAACAACAGCAACAGCAACAAUAUCAACAGCCACAACUGGGCUCAUUUCAUCGCCAGGAGAAACGUUCACUCACCGCCAGCAAUUUGCAAUAUUUAAACAAUGAUAUUGUUAAGAAUAGCAAUAAUAUUGCCGCGGCACAAUUGGAAAGUCUGGGCAAGAGCAACAAUCAUUAUUAUCACAGUUAUCGCAAGAAUAUACCACUCGAUCCCAUUUAUUAUAAUACAAAUGGUCAGGGCAUGUUGUUGCCACCAAAUAUGGAAGAGCAGGCAUCGCCACCGUUGCCACCACCGCCUGUGGCACCCAUUGGUGGUGGUGGUCAUUACAAUGCCAGUUAUCAACACUCCAAUACACAGCUGAACAACGAUGAUUUGUAUAAUAAUCGACCGCCUUCGGUGCGCUCCAGUUACUCCAAUUUUCAUGGCUCACGUCCACUUUCCACGGCCAAUUACAAUGCCAGCGAGAAUGUCUUUGCGGGAUUGAGUGGUGCCAGUCCACCUCAAGCACCCUGUACACCACCGCUCUAUCAGCAGCAUCCACUGCACCAUCAGCAACAACAGCAGCAACAACAACAACAAUAUUUGCCACCUCCUCCUUUGCCGGAACCGGCGCCUGUUUAUGUCAGCAGCAGUCAGCAACCAUCACAAGGACAGGGACACAUGUCAUUCUCCAAACGUACUGCUUCAAGGGAAAGCAUUCGCUCCAUGGCAUUUCUCAACAACGGACCGCCCGCCUACAAUCUCAACUAUCACACGCCGCCAGACUCGGAGACUACCAUGUAAAUCGCCAUUCUAUAGAUCUGUCUAUAACAUAUUCAAUCAUUUACAUCUGCGUUAACACAAUCCAGCUUUAAUAUCACGGGAUCGUCCAAAACUUCAAACAAUGAAUAAUAUAAGUCGCCUUCAACACUAGCCUUAAAAGCAGAAUUGGCUUGUGCGUCUUGCUGGCGCUGAAUUCUUAUUAUAAAUUCGCUUAAGAUCGAUAUAUGUUAUCCCAAAACAUGUAUUUAGAUAAUGUAAGCUCGCUAGAGAAUAGGACCUGUUCGCUCAAGUGCUUGUGCGCCUCUCUGGCGCCCAAAACAUAACGAUGAGAGCACUCGGAGCAGCAGGAGCAAAAAGGCUGACCACCGCUAAACUACAUCUCAGAUCUCUCGACAAUCUAUUGGAAACAAACCAUCAACCGCAUAGAACUAUCUAUAUUUAUAAAUCUGUGCUACAAGCUAGUUAUUCAAUCAUCCAGACUUACGCAUCGACCACAAUUCAUAAUUGAUUAAUCUGUAUAUUUAAUGUAUUUCUAAAAAAUAAGUUUAAGCAUAAUCUUCUGUCGUUUUACCAAAGUGCCUUUGUAUAUAUUACAACAAAUAAACGAUUCUUUUGUAUUCGAUUA